AUGGAGUUCAACGCAUCUGAACAUCCUCAUAAGAGGUAUAAUCCAUUAAAAGGAGAAUGGAUUUUGGUAUCUCCUCACCGAAUGAAAAGACCUUGGGAUGGACAAACAGAGUCUGUGCACAGUGAUAUGGGUCCGGAAUUCGAUCCUACCAACCCCCUAUGUCCUGGUGUAGUCAGGAGUAGUGGUAUUUUGACGCCAGAGUACAAAUCUACAUAUGUAUUUACAAAUGACUUUCCAGCCAUGCUAGAGGAUACACCAUCACCUCCCCCAAGUGAUGAUCCUUUGUUUCAAAUUGAAGGAGUUAAAGGUACAUGUCGUGUUAUGUGUUUUUAUCCCAAAUCCAAUGUGACAAUUGCUCUUAUGUCUAUAAAUGAUAUAGUAACAGUGAUUUCAAGUUGGAUACAGCAAUUGGAAGAACUAGGAAAGACCUAUACUUGGGUGCAAAUAUUUGAAAACAAAGGUACAAUGAUGGGUUGUUCUAAUCAUCAUCCCCAUUGCCAAAUAUGGGCUUGUUCAUUUUUACCAAAUGAACCACGUAUCAAAGAUAUUAAUCAGAGAGAAUAUCUGGAAAAGUACGGAAGACCAAUGCUGAUGGAUUAUGUUGAUCGCGAAUUAAAAGCAAAAAUAAGAAUUGUUACUGAAAAUCAACAUUGGGUUGUUUUGGUGCCAUUUUGGGCUAUAUGGCCAUAUGAGACUAUGGUAUUACCAAAACGACAUAUAAAAAGGAUGAACGAAAUUACAGAACACGAAAAAACAACUUUGGCAUCAGUAAUGAAAAUAUUGACAAUAAAAUAUGAUAACAUGUUCAAAACAUCAUUUCCAUAUUCAAUGGGUUGGCAUGGUGCACCAACUGGACCAAAUUGUGAAAAUAGUGACCACUGGGUAUUCCACGGAAUUUAUUUGCCUCCAUUGUUACGUUCAGCAACAGUAAAAAAAUUCAUAUCCGGAUUUGAGCUAUUGGCACAAUGCCAAAGAGAUUUAACUGCGGAACAAGCUGCAGAACGACUAAGAUCACAAUCAGAUGUUCACUAUUUGGAAUAA